AUUUAAUAUAUAGCUUCGGCCUUAUAAGAAGAAUUCAAGCCCCUCACCGAUACUCUAGUCCAAGCCGUGGGCAGAACCAAAAUAAGAGAACAAAAAAAAAGUUUGUUUUCUGGAAUCGUCGCGAUAGUUGCUGAACUCCGUCGCAACUUCAAUGGCAUCUGCUCACUCCAUAGCCGCCGUUUCUGUUCUCGAUGCGGCCUCCAAGCAAGCAACACUUCCUUCUUCUUCUUCUUCUUCCUCUGCGCUCUACCCUCUUUCUUCUCUUCGAUCUAAACCUCGCCAGCAGCUUCUCUCCCUACGCAGUGUCGCUCUCAAAGGUCGAGUAAAGGCGCAGGCAAAAGAAGCAGAAGCUAGUCCAAGUCCAGUGGGAGUGGGAGACGCAUUCAGUAAUGUGAAGCAUCUUCUCCUGCCGGUGAUUGAUCGGAAUCCUUAUCUUUCUGAAGGCACCAGACAGGCUGCUGCUACAACAACCAGCUUGGCAAAGAAGUAUGGAGCUGAUAUCACAGUUGUAGUCAUUGACGAAGAAAAGAGAGAAUCAUCUUCGGAGCAUGAGACUCAAGUAUCCAACAUCCGGUGGCAUUUGUCUGAAGGUGGGUUCGAGGAGUUCAAGCUGUUGGAGAGGCUUGGGGAAGGGAAAAAAGCGACGGCCAUAAUAGGAGAGGUGGCAGAUGAGCUGAAGAUGGAGCUGGUGGUGAUGAGCAUGGAAGCCAUCCACUCUAAGUACAUUGACGCCAAUCUACUCGCUGAGUUCAUCCCCUGCCCCGUCCUCCUCUUGCCCUUGUGAUCGCUCCCGCCAAAUGCUUAUAUGAUAGACAUACCACUUGUUUUAUUUUUCUCUGUGUUUGGUUGCCGUAGAAGAGCAUUACUAGGAGAGGGGAUGGAAAUGUGUCAAGGUGUGAGAUGCAUGUGUCAAGCAUUUCCUGUCUUAUCAUGGUUGUUGUUGUUGUGUCCUUUGUUUUCUCCGUUACUCACAUACUAACGUGUUCGGCCACAAAUUAAAA